GCGCCGGUCCACAACACAUCCGAACAUCAUAAUCCACCACGCGAUUUGAAUUACCAUCAUGACUUCUUUAAACUGGCCCGCGUUCUCGAGGUGCAAACUUCCAACCCCUCGACGAACAAUUAUCAUGCCCCAGAAGACCAAGCAUAGAUGGCGCAGGCUACGUUAGCAGCUAGGAUCACAAAUUGUGAGUUCGCUUCGCUCUCGCGGUUUCAUUCUUUUGUCUCUCCAGAUCCGACUGGAACUGGAACUAGACACUGUGAACGCGAGCGACACGGAUGGAGCCAACAAUGUCUCGGGGUCCAUAUCUCCCGGAGAAGACCGUACCUGUUCAAAUCGAUGGUCAACCCUCUGAAAGCCUUGAUGUAACCAUCAUCAAGGCGUUUGAGCCUUUCACUCUUUCGUGCGCUCUAUUCGUUCGACUCAACUGGCAUACGUUGCGAGGGGAGUAUGUCCUAAAAUUAUUCGAUCGACGCUAUGCUACACAACUCCGACGAGACAAUCAAGCCAGCGCUUGGACUGUCGAUAUCGAAGUAGCAUAUCGCGCCCUUGUGGAAAGCACCGACAUGGCUUCCCUUUUCGCGCUGUACGCUCAAAAAGAGACCGACGACGAAUGGACCCCAAAGGCGGAGGCGGGUUGGGAUUCGGCGCAUCGCGAAGCCUAUCUUCAAUUCUGCUGCCGAAAACAUUUCUCGACGGAAACCCUGGUGUACGAUCAGCUCCGCGACCUUCAAGGCGAAUGUAUUCCCCAUCUUGCAGCCCGAAUCCUGCUCAGAUCCCCAUCAAGCUCCGGUCCAAGCAAUGAAUAUUUCGACUGCCCAGGUAUUUUGUUGGAGUACGUCCAAGGCUUCAGCCUAAACGAUCUCGACAAGUUCGCACCCAAAGCUGCCUGGCAACAAAUAUGCGACGAGGCGAUUCGGAUUAUCAACCUGAUUGGCGGGAGAGGUAUCCGCAAUGAAGAUGUCAAGACGAGGAGCUUUAUCGUACGUCAUCAUCCAUCGACGAAUCAUCAGCAGACGAGCCGGCCAAACGUUGUCAUGAUAGACUUUGGGUCAUCCGUUUUACGAACAAAGGAUCAAGAUGAUCGCGAUUGGAGAGAAUGGAAGGCGAUGCAAGACGAAGAAGGUGCAAUUGGCAUGGUCAUGGAGAGGAAGCUCAAUGUAGGCUUCACCUAUGUACGCACUGCGGAGUCUGAGCGAUUGAUGGACGAAUUCAUGAGCGAAUAGCAAAUGUUGCAAAAAUAGCCAACGAGUGAGAAGGUCGAAGCUGCCCUGCGGGCCACUUUCGAUGUAUCGCCGGUAGCGACGGAGGUCCUCGCUGGCUUUCGCUUCCAGAUGUGUUCUUUGGAGGCCCAAGGCUGAAAUCACUGAGGCAGAUGUAGACCAAGGUCCAAGACGCGUCUUUGCACCGCCCACAUUUCCUCAGCGGGUUGCUGGGGGCUAGGUCAGGGGUGGUAAAUCAGGGUAGAGGAUUUUAGUAAGUGAACUUGGCCGCAGAAAACCGUCAUGAAAGCACCUAAAAGGGGAGGCCGAAUUGCCAUUUGAAAGAGAUAACUGGUGUUCUAUCAAGAAAGUGACGCUUCCAAAUCGGGCAUCUGCAGCAUUUGACGGCCCCUCGACCUCAUCCCUCUUCUGUCCAUUCAUACACUCGUUUCCUCCCAACCCUCCUCCACACACUUUCUCUAUGUCUGGGUCAAGAACCAGGUGCUCAGUCUACGCGCAAAGACUGGUAGUUCAUGCCAGAAUGGCUUUGCUUGAACCAAGGACUAUGGAAAUUGGUGGCCUAGUCUUCUAAAUAAUCAAUACCUGAUACAGUCUCUGCUGGUUCCCCGUGAUGAAAUUCUGAAAGGACAAUCAGCAAGGCCAACACGGCUGAGGGCCGGGCUCACAAAAUGAGUGAUUUAAUCAACUAUGAAAUAUCAACCGUGCAAGGCAAUGAUCAACAUGAGUGUCAAAGGAUGAUAACAGUGGAAGCGGUGGUAAGCGAGUCUGGGAGCCGGGCGGCACGAAGACAGUAUUGCCGGCACGGGUUUAAGGAGUUAAGCUAUGGAAGAUUGUGGUCCGAAACUGGCAUUACUCAGUCCUUGAUACCGUAAACAGAUUUGAGGGGUUGGCGUGGCACAGUAGAGUUUCUUUAGCGAAUGGGAAUCUUCCAGCCCAUCUUCCUCUAAAUGUCUAAUGUUAAAUCAGAACGUGUCUUGCUUUUAUACAGGUUGUGUAUUCGAAUUCGCUAC